AUGGCGGGUCUCCUCCGCCGACUUCAAGUCUCUCGCGAGACCGAUGUCCUUACUACGGCCUACAUGAACCGCGACACUAGGCCGCUCCCUCCUGAAAGACGGACUUACGGUCCGUGGCAGUUCGUCGGCCUCUGGGUCGUCACCGGUUCCUUCAACAUCGGCGGCUGGACGACCGGAUCGUCCCUAAUAGCCCUCGGUCUUAAUGUAUGGCAGGCCAUGUUGACCGUCAUCAUUGGUCACAUUCUCGUUGGCCUCAUAUGCGUCCUCGCGGGCGGGCCUGGGGCAAAAUGGCAUAUUGGCUUCUCGAUACUCCAGAAGGCGUCUUGGGGCAUGAACGGCGUCCUGUUCCCUCUCGCGCAGCGCAUAAUGCUUUCUUUCAUCUGGUACUCGACACAGGUUUACUGGGGCGGGCAGUGCGUGCGCACUUUCAUCUCUUCCAUGGCGCCAUCCUUCAACAGCCUAAAUAAACCACUGGCUAACGGGACCAUGACUGUGGCGGACUUUGUUGGGUUCAUCAUCUUCUCCAUUCUUUGCCUGCCCUUGAUCUACAUCCGUCCAGAGAAAUACCACGUUCCCUUCGCCAUCGCCGCAUGCACCGUCAUCCCGACUGUCUUCUCGCUUCUGAUAUGGUGUGUAGCGACAGCAGGCGGUGCAGGGCCGAUGCUGCAGGACAUUACGACGACGGCCGGUGUUCAGCAAGCCCACGGCUCGCAUCUGGGAUGGAUGCUAGCUCUAGGCGUAUGCACAAACAUUGGUGGCAUCAGUACGCACAUAUUUAGCCAGUCGGAUUACACUCGCUUUGCGCGCCGACCGCGGGACCAGCUCGUGUCCCAGAUAAUCUUCGUACCUUUGAACACCAUUCUCGUAGCAUUCAUCGGCAUCGUGUGCACCUCUUGUGCAGCUCAACUGUUCCCCAAGACAGAAGGCACAUUAGUAUGGGAACCGUAUCGGUUUCUGGAUGCACUCCAGGCGCACUACGGCAAUUCUCCAGGAGCGCGCGCGGCCGUCUUCUUUGCGAGUCUGGCGUUCAUCUUUGCGCAAUUCGGGAUCACAGUGGCGCAAAACGGCCUUUCGAACGGCAUAGACUUGUCCGCUUUGCUGCCACAAUACUUCAACCUGCGCAGAGGCGCAUAUCUUACCGCAGCAUUCGCAUUUAUCAUGCAGCCUUGGCAGUUGAUGAAUGGUGCAAGCAAAUUCCUUACUGUUAUGGGCGGGUACGGUGUCUUCCUAGGAUCCAUGACCGGUGUCAUGUUGGCCGACUACUACCUCGUCCGCAACCGGAGGUUAAAGUUGACGCACUUGUAUGAAGCGACUAACAAGAGCAUAUACUGGUAUUGGAAUGGAAUAAACUGGAGGGCAGCAGCCGCGUGGACUAUGGGAACAUGGUCUCUGCUGCCGGGCUUCAUCCAGAGGGUGCAGGAUCCAAAAGUUGAGCUGAGGGGAUGGUCACACCUUUACUACCUUGCAUGGCCAUUGGGGUGUACGUUGGCCGUUGCGACAUACUGCCUUUUGCAUUAUGCGUUUCCCAUUAGCAACCCCAGAAUAGUAGACGACGAGGAUUACUUUGGAACGUUUGGGCCGGGGGAGCGAAGGGUGAAGAAUGAUCGGGAACAAACGCUGUCAGUCUCGCUGGCGUCCACCGAAGACAAUUUAAAAAGCCAAGACAAGCCGGAUGAAAAGCCGGUUUGA